GGUGCUGUGAAGUGAAGUCAGCCUGUUAGAAGCUCGCCUGUUGUUGCCAAACACUCUUCUGUGUGUUCUUUCCUCAGUGUUCAGCCACCUGUAGAAGAUCCUGACGAGGCUCAACCAAAAAACCAAAAAUCAGAUGCUGUCGCCUCUGAGCGUAAAGAGAAAGUUCCAGAAGUUUCCCCUGUGGUGAAGUUGCCAACCAAGGCAAAAAGGAAACGCCAUGCUUCUUGGAUCUCAGAGACUGCACAUGAGACUGAGUCCACUCCUCCUGGUCCUGCACCCAAAAGACCAGCACGUCCUGCAGCAGAAGUAGAAAUGCUACAGAUUGAUAAAAUGCCUUGUGGAACCAACACUUGCUUGAAUAAAGAAACACUAUCCCUUUCUUAUAAGACAAGCACAAGGAGUGGCACCAUCAAACCUGUUCCAGACAGCAUCUUAACACUGAGGCCACCCAUUAAGGAGCACACUGGGCCAGGAUCCACCAAUUUGGAAGCUGGCAGAAUUGGGAGGCUCUUCUGUACUGCUGAGGAGUAUCUUCAGCGAGGAGAGAAGGAGAAGUACAGACAGCUCCUGCAGCUGCUAAAGGAGAAGUACCCUGGGAGCCGCCCUCAGCCCCAGCUCGCCAGGUUCCGCACGUACUGCACAGCAGUGGAAAACUCCUAUGAACAGGGAAGAGCAGUGAAACAAGCUGUUGGAGGUAGACAGAAUGGAGAGGAGCUCUCAGAGGAGGUGUUACCCCGGGUAGGAGUGGCACCCACUGUGUACAGACUACCAGCUGACCUUGCUGUGGAAGAACAGAGGUUCCCAAGCUCAGACAGACCAGCAGAACGCUUCCCUCCACUCACAGAGGCCAUGGAGAGAGAGAUCAGUGCUGCAUUUGGCAAAGGUGAGCCAGAUGAGAUCAUGAGCAGUGCCUUCAAACUAAAGGUCACACGUGAGGACAUCCAGACCCUGGACAACCUUCGCUGGCUAAACGAUGAGGUCAUUAAUUUCUACAUGAUUCUGCUGGUGGAAAGAAGCAAGAAGGAAGGAUAUCCAGCAGUCCAUGCUUUUAGUACUUUCUUUUAUCCCAAAUUAACUUCUGGGGGCCAUGCAGCAGUAAGAAGAUGGACCAAAGGUGUGGAUCUCUUCAAACAGGACCUCGUCUUAGUACCUGUUCACUUGAGAUCUCAUUGGACACUAGCAGUCAUAGAUAUGAGAAAGAAAGCCAUCAAAUACUACGACUCACUGGGACAAAAAAGGGACAAGAUUUGUGAAACUCUCUUCAAAUACCUGCAAGAAGAAAGCCGGGAGAAGAGAAAAAUGGAGCUGGUUUUUUCUGAGUGGACUUUUCACAGCAUGGAGCCACACGAGAUCCCCCAGCAGCUGAACGGGAGCGACUGCGGGGUGUUUGUGUGCGCGUACGCCGACUACGUGGCCAGAGACAGAGCAAUGACCUUCACACAGGAUCACAUGCCUUACUUCCGCAAGAAGAUGGUGUGGGAAAUAAUCCAUCAGCAGCUGCUGUGA